CCCACCAUUUUCAUGGCUCCAUCUACCAACUAGUGGUCGUAAUUGACUAUUAAAAGUCUAUCUAUAGCUCCAUCUCUACAAACAAAAGAAGAAAGAGCUAGAGAGAAAAGAAUGGACUCCAAAGUUAGGUGCGCAAUUGUGACUGGGGCAAACAAAGGGAUAGGAUUUGAGAUAUGCAAGCAAUUGGUUGCUUCUGGCAUCACUGUGGUGCUUACGGCUAGAGACGAGAAAAGAGGACUUGAAGCUCUCGAGAAACUUAAAGAGUCUCCCAGUGACAAGGUCAUUGAUGUCCUCUUCCAUCGGCUUGAUGUGGCCGACCCAUCUACCAUUCCUCCUCUUGUUGAUUUUGUCAAGGCCAAAUUUGGGAAGCUUGAUAUCUUGAUCAAUAAUGCUGCUAUUGCUGGAGGUAGUGUUGAUUGGGAUUAUCUGAAACAUUUGGUUAUUAAGCCCGGAUGGAUGACACAAGCCAAACCUACUGAUGAAACGUCCGAGACAUAUGAAAUGGCGGAAGAAUGUCUACAAGUGAAUUAUUAUGGCACAAAAAGAAUGGUUGAAGCAUUUGUUCCCCUACUUCAACUCUUUGAUUCCCCAAGGAUUGUGAACGUUUCAUCCACUUCAGGAAUGUUACAUAAUAUCCCUAAUAAAUGGGCCAAACAAGUGUUAAACGAUGCAGACAACCUCACGGAAGAAAGAAUAGACAUUACCUAA